AUGAAUAGACCACCACAAGACGUAGAAUUUAAAGCUGGUAAAGCUAAAUUAACAGGUACAACAGUAACAUCAGAUUCAAGAAAGGGUUACUUAAAAUUUGGUGUUACACCAGAAGGAUUAACAUGUGUUCAAUGGAGACCAAGAGAUUCAUCAGCAUAUGAAGAUGAAUUUUAUUUUGCACCAGGUGAAUCAAAAUUUAUCAAAGUACCUGCAUGUAAAACUGGUAGAAUGUAUUACUUAAACUUUUCAGGUUCAGAUCAAAAGGAAUUCUAUUGGUUACAAGAAGCAAAUGUAGAAGGUGAUGCUAAAAUUGAAAAAGCACUUAAAGUUAUUGAAUCAUAUAUUCCAGAUGAUGAUGAUGAUGAAGAAAUGGUAGUUGAUACACCACCACCAACAACAACAAUAAAACAAGAACCACCUAAAAACCCAACAAUAAAUGAAGUUUCACUAAGUCAACCAAAACCAACUACAACUCCACCACCAUCAGCAACCAAUUUAGAUUUUAUUAAAGAUCUUUUUUCAAAUUUACCAACACAACCAAAACAACCACAAAUUACAUUGGGUAAAAUAUUGACAGCAGAGAAUUUAAUACCAUUCUUAAGAGAGAAUCCAGAGAUUAAAAAAGAUUUAAUUCAAUAUUUACCAGAGGAAUAUCAAAAGGAUGAGAAUAUGAUUAAUGAAGUUUUACAUUCUGCUCAAUUUUUACAAUCAAUUGAAACCUUAGAUUAUGCAAUUCAUGAAGGUCAUGGUCCUGAAAUUGUCUCUCUUUUAGGUUAUGAACCAUCAAUUGCUUCUCAAAGAGGUGUUGAGGGUUUCUUAACAAAUAUUCAAGAAGGUACAAAUAAAAAGAAAAAUAAUAAAUAA